AUGACCAUAGAUGCAUUGUUUAAUAGGGCAGAUAUUUCUGCUAGUAUUAUGAAAAAGUCAUUAGAGGGCAACAAAGAGUACGAAAGAAUGUUAGCCGGAAAGCCAUAUAAUUCCUUCGAUAAAGAUUUGAUAUUGGCUCGUACGAUAUCGAGUGAAAUUGCAGGUGCAUAUGCUGAUAUUAAGUUGAGCGAUCAUGGAUAUGAUAUAGAGAAGCAUCAAAAAUCAAGGGCUGAUUAUUUAUCCAAGUAUUUAUUCUUUAAAAGGGUUCCUGAUAUUUACCUUGAACCUCCAUUUUUUGUGGAUUUUGGAUGUAAUAUUAAGUUUGGCCAUAAUUUCUAUGCCAACUUCAAUGCAACUUUCCUUGACUGUGCAACAAUUACAUUUGGUGACAAUGUUCUUUUGGGACCCAAUGUGACAUUCACUACUGCUGGACAUGCGACAGACCCUCAGGAGAGAUUGGAUGGAGUUGAAUUUGCCUAUCCAAUUAAUAUCGGUAGCAAUGUUUGGUUUGGCGCAAAUUCAAUUAUAUUGCCAGGUAUUACCAUCGGGGAUGGCGUUGUUGUUGGAGCGGGAAGUGUGGUAACUAAAUCCGUUAGUAGUGAUUGUGUAGUCGUUGGGUCACCGGCGAGGGUGAUCAAAAAUUUGAAACUGACAGAAGAAAGGGAGAUUGCAAUAAAAGAAACCGAAAAAUAG